CUUCACUCUAGUUUGAAAAUUGAAAUCGGUCGGUUGUCUGCGUACAAAUCGUGUGUCGUUUGUUUUGACGUUUCUCGUUCUCGUACAAACACAAGCGCCUGAAGGCUGUAUAAAAUACAAGAACUUAACAAAACAAACAAAUUUAUUACGUUUUUGCCUGCAGCAAUUACACAUAUAUGUAUGCAAUUUGCAAUGCUCUCUCAAAUGGUACGUGACUCUGCCGCAACCUGAUUUCUUCAAGCGUGUGUGUGUGUGUCUGUUUGUUUACUUGCAAAGAAAUUGCACAAAGAAAAGUUCAAGUGAAAGCUCAACACCAAAAAAAUCAAAAACAAAACGAGAAAAUUAAGAAAAUACAACUGCAGUUCAAAUAACAAAAAAAAAGAAGAAAAAAGAAACAAUGGGUACGGGAUAUAAGCUGAAUCCAAGUGAAAUAAAUUGCCACAACAAGAUGUGCUACACAAAAGUGGCACCGAUUUUGGUGUUGCCAACCCUCCCACCUCCUCCCCCCAUCCGCCCGGUGAUGACGUCGCCCGCCGUCAGAGGCAUUCGCCGCAAUUUGUUUGGCAGCUGCGGCGAUGGGGAAAUCGACAAAAUGCUCUCGACGCAACAGGAAAAGGAUGCGAACUAUUUGAAGCAGCGUUACAACAUCGAUCUAAAGAAAUUAGCGGAAAAUUGCAGUCCACAGAUCUCAACAUUUAGCAAGAACAAGACCGAUGGGGGAAAACCAAAUUUAACAGCCACAUCGCCAUAUGCGCGCAUCCCUGGCGUCAAAGGUAAUUUCCGUGUACGCAAAGCUCACAAUGCGAAUUCGAAUGUGCCAAAAUGUAUAGCUAAUAAUCUAAGUAGCGAAAUGGGGACAAAUGGGCAACAACUGAUGCAACAACUGCAAAAAGAGGAUGACAAUGAACGGCAAUAAUUGAUAUUUAUUAUACAUAUUUUUUUAUUUUAAUAAUUUAUGUUUUUUUAUAUGUGUAUAUUUUUGUUCAAAGAAAACCAAGACUUGACAGUCCAAAUUAUUGCUUAAGCUUUUGUUGCAAAGCACACACACACACACACCCUCAAACACAAAUACACACGCACACUAAAAAUGAAGGAAACAAAAGAAAACAAAAAAAAAAAAAAAAAACAAAAAACAAUUGCGCCACGCGUGCAGAGCCAAACAUAAUUUUUGAUUAUUUUUAUUAUUAUUAGUUAUUAUUAUUGGCAAUACGUAAAAUGUAAUGACAUUACUUAAUAUUAUGAUUAAUGCGACUUGAUGCAGCCAACAGUUGUAAUUAGUGAAUAUAAAAUUAAGAAUUAUAUUAGCUCGACUCACUAUGCAUCUAUUAGAUACAUAGAUACUAAUGAUAAUCCCCUCCCCCAAACCCCCAACCCCAAUUACCCAAUACCAAUUUCAAAGCGUUCUCAGCGUGUUUCUGGCUUUUGCUGCACGCGUGUGCCGAAAGUAUUUACAAUUUGUCAUGAUCUCAAUUAAAGCAACAAUUAAUUAAAUUAUUAUUUUUUCCUAAAUGUAAUUUAAUUGAAAUUAUUGUAUUUUAAAUUCUACACACACACACACACACACACACACUUACACGUACACACACAUACAUACAGUUCAAAAGUACAUCGACAAAAAAUUUUGUAUUUAUGUAAAUUUUCGCCUCCUUAUUAAUUGUACAAUUCCAACACACACACACACACACUUUAUUCUAGAAAUUCGAAUUACUUUAAAACAACAUUUUUUAAACUACAAACACUAUACUAGAUACAUACUAGAACUGUGUAUAUUGAUAGACGAAGAGAAAGAAAAAGAAAAAAACACAAUCUGUGCAUAUUUCCUUAAAUGAAACUAAACAAAAAUUGUAAAACUUACACAACACAAUGAAAUUAUGAAAACAAAACUUUUUACUGUAUUUUUUUAGCAAAAGAAAAAGUAACAAAAAAAAAACAAAAACAAAAAAACACAAAACAACAAAAACAAAAAAAGAAAACAUCUUAAAAAAAUGAAACAAAAUACAAACGCAAAGUUAAAAAUUUAAAA